AUGUCUUUCAACGGACAGGUCUGCAACUAUGGCAGCUACUCACCCUGUGAUGUGAGCUGCCCUGUGCCAUAUGCCAAUGCCUGGAGCCAGCCCUGCGUCACCUCCUGUGGGGACUCCCGUGCUGUGGUCUACCCACCACCCGUGGCCAUUGUCUUCCCAGGCCCCAUCCUCAGCUCCUGCCCUCAGGAGAGCAUUGUGGGCACCUCAGCCCCACUGGAGAUAGGCAACUCCUAUGGGUAUGGGAGCUCCCAGGAUGUGCAGAGCUCCUUUGGGUCUGGCACCUCCGUGGGUGGCAGGUACUCCUACCCCUGCUAUUCCCGCAGGUACACAACUUACCGUAGUGGGAGCUGUGGGCCCUGCUGA